AUGAUGGAACUGAAAUUUUUAAUUAGCCAUGGCGGAGGAAAUGUCAAAAGAGGCCAGGCGAGACGAGCAUGUAACUCCUGUCGUCGGAAAAAGGUCAGCUGCAGAUAUAAACGAUGCUACCACAAUGGAGAGGCGAACAUGAAAGAGGUUCUACCUGACCUGCGUCCUAUUCCCACUUUUAUCUCUACUCCCUCUAACACACCUUGGUCCUCGAGGGGGGACUCAGUGACCCGAGGUAGAUCCGCUUCUCCAGCCAGAGGGCAAGGAAGGGACCCCACACUUCAAAAAUCCUGGGAUCGUGAGACCGUUAGCUCAACCAUCACCCAACCAAGUCAGACUACAGAAAAUGAGCCUGAUUCGCGUCAAUUUGCUUGCGACUCAAACCCAAUGGCGACGUUCAUGGGGAAAGAUGGAUCGCGGUUACAAAACGGCCAGUGCCAAAGGGGCGAUGUAGGAGCAUGGUUGUGCCCAGAGGAAAACUACCUUGAUCCUUGGGAAAGCCGUAGCCGGCUACAAUCAUCACGAAAGCCACAUUCACAGCCAGCAGAUGUCAACGCAUAUCAGCUGCCACCAAAAAAGAGCCAAGAAGUUCUAAUAGACGUCUAUUUCCGCCGAAUACAUCCCCUACUGCCUCUUCUCGAUGAACAGACAGUGCGAGCCAAUUUUCAAGCACAGUGUUUGCAUAUCAGGCUCCUCCAAACAAUAUGCCUUGUCGCAGCUAAAGACAAGACCAUGGAACCCUUUCUAUACCUCGACCAAAGCUCGGAAUUGCUCCAACUGGAGAGGUUCAGCAGUAUACUCUAUACCGACAUCAUGCAAAACAUACCGAGGACGCCCAGGAAGAAGAUAAUCUACAUUCAAAUCCUGGCCCUUUUGUCGCUCCAGGAAUGGGGACCUACUGGAUCCGAGGAUCGUUCUUUGAACUUGGCUCAGGCUAUCCACCAUGCACAUACCAUUGGGCUGCACUUGAUGAGAAUAGAUCAGCAGCCUACUGCUUCACUAAAAGCUCUAUUUUGGUGUUUGUGGAGUCUGGAUAAAUGGAACGCUGCGAUGAAUGGAAGACCGAUUAUGAUUCAUGACCGCGACAUGAACCAGGGGGUAGAUGGCGUUAUCUCAUCGUUCCCAGCCUCAUUCCGGCUCUGGCUUCUCAUCGCCGAGAAGUUGGGAAGGGUGAUUCUAUUUUAUCGGCCGAUCGUUGAUGGUGCCGAUCAUGAGGAACUUGAUCUUCCCUCCUACGAGGAACUUGUUGAGAACUGCGAUGCGUGGGACCUACCAUCAGAUUUACUAGAUUCAAACGAGCUACUUUAUCACGCAGUUACUAUUCUCUCCACACAUUCCAAUGGCCUUCAAGGGCGUUCACGGCCAAGAACUUCCUGUAUUCGACAAACCCAUUCAACCUUCUCCAUUGCAUCCCUGAUACGAAAGAGGGAUAUUCGAAUUCUACCGCCGAUGCCAAUGCUCGGUUACACUAUAUCCCUCGCAUUCUCGGUAACCUACAAACAGCUAAGAGAAAGCCAACUAGCCAGUACCCGCCACACAGCUAUUGAGCAAAUGCGCCAAUUUCAUCAAUGUAUUGAGCAGUCUUUCUCUGCAUGGUGGUCUACUGCUGUGAUGGCCAGACUAGGAAAUCGUGUGCUGGACAGCAUCCAGCCCUCCGUAGAGCUUCAAGGUUCUACAGCCCCAGUGAAUGAUACUCUCCGACCGAAAUCUCGACAGGAAGUGGGACGUUGGCGUUCACAGAAUCUUGAGCAUAUUGAAAUUUUGGGGUCACACCCCAGCGUUGAGUGUAUGCAAGGGUUGGGGCGGGCAGAGGCUAGAAUAGAGAGGGUCGACCCUCUCGGAUUUCAACCACGAUCAGAUGACUUGUCUGAUUUGGACAUAUCAGUCGCAAAUCCAUUUCUGGGAGCUCCUGGCAUCGAGGAUUAUGACAUUUUUUUCAAAAAUUUCCCUGAUGUCAACUUCCCCAGCGGCAAUGAUCAACUAUUAAUGGAAGUGGAAAUGUCGGAGUUCGAGUUUGAGUAA